AUGUUUGGCUUCCGUUCUAAAACAGGUUACCUAAAUAUUGAUGAAGAAGCAUCUCAUUCUCAAACAUAUGAUACUGAUCAGUUUCUGCCAAUUUCUGAGCAGGCAACCACGCCAAAUUCGACACUCUUUCAUGAAAAUAUCAAGUGUUAUAGUCUUGAUUCUGAAAGCAAAGUCAAUCAGUAUGACUUUAAUUACAUCUUCAUGAAAUUGCAAACUUCCUUCCUUUUUUUAAGAGCUUAUGUACCUUCUGAUGUUUACGGUAGCCCGCCACUGGAGCAUGGAAUUGCAACAAGCGAUGAAGAUCAAACUGUUGCCUGUCAUGCUGCAACAAGUUCCAGUAUAUUAUGGGAUAGAGUUGAGAAUUUAGAUCAGUUUUUUACUCGAGUAUAUGAAUAUCAUCAGAAUGGUGGAUAUCUCUGUAUAGUUAUCAAACAUAUUUUAACUUUGCUGCAAUUUAUAUUUGUCGUUUGGUUUGUUGCUUUUUUGCUGACACGAGUGGACUAUGAUGUCCUAUUCAGAAAUAAGAAUGUUACUGCAGACGAAAAGCCAGUUAAGGACAAAAUUCGUUUUAAUGAUGUAAUUUAUUCGGAUUGGAAUCGUAUAGACGUUUUUACUUUAUGUUUAUUGAUUUUCGCUGUUUUGUUCUGGAUAUUUCGAGCUGCUCGUGUUUGUUAUCAAAUUCAUCAGUUUGGUGAAAUACGGAAAUUUUAUUACUCGGCAUUGGGAAUAAACGAUGAUUUUCUGACAAAUCUUAAAUGGUCAGAAGUGGUUCAACGUAUUUGUGAAAAACAACCUUCUAUACAUUUGAUUUUAAAUAAAGAUGGUAUCACUGCUCUGGAUCUUUAUCAACGCAUUUUGAGACAUAAGGCUCGUGGCUUUUUCUCGUUUUAUAACUAUUUUAUUGCUCUUGUAAACAAAGAAAUACUGCCGCCUGUUAUUAAUUUGCCUUUCAUUGGUUCAAUGCCAUAUUUACCCAAUGGUUUGAAGAUGAAUUUAGAGUGGUUAUUAUUUUAUGGAGUAUGGUCGCCAUGGAAAGGACCUUAUGAACUGAAAGAUGAAUAUAAGCAUUCACAGAAUAUUUCUAGGCUUGGUAUGAUUUAUUUUUGGAUUGUAAUGAGGUUUGAAAAUAUCUCUAAUGAAGGAACUAUGGCUACUAUAUUUUUUCUAGCAAAUGAACUGGAGUCAGGAAUACUAAAGAUGGCUAUUGGUAAUUUCAUUUUCUCUCCUCUCGUAUUCAUUUACCAAGUACUUUACUUCUUCUUUACCUAUGGUGAGCUCUUGAAAAGAGAUCCUAGUUCGUUUACUAUGCGAAGGUACUCGAAUUUUGGAAGAAGUAAAUUGCGGCAUUUUAAUGAGUUAGAUCAUGAAUUACGAUUACGUCUCUCAAGAAGUCAUCGUGCAGCAACUCAGUAUAUGGAACAGUUUAUCUCACCGCUUGGUCAUGUUAUUGCCAGAAAGGUGCAGUUCGUUGCAAGUGCCGUUUUUGUUGUAUUGGUUGGGCUUGGUCUUUGGGAUGAAGAUGUAUUGACGAUUGAACACGUGCUGACUGUAAUAUCUGUUAGUGGUUUGACUGCCGUAAUAUGUCAAGGCUUCACAAGAGAUGAAAACGUGGUUUACUGUCCUGAAACUUUGCUGACUAUGGUCAUUUCACAAAUACACUAUGCACCUGAUUCCUGGAAAGGAAAAGCUCAUACAGGUAGCUUCUUUAUGCUUUUACUAGGCAUCGAAAAAAUCCAUGAUGUAGAUAAUACUAAUAUAGCACUUGUUUUAGCCACUGUUCGAAAAGAAUUCAGUCAUUUAUUCGAACUAAAAGCUCAGUUUUUGCUUAAAGAACUGCUGAGUCCUUUCCUAACUCCGCUUGUUCUACUUUUUUGGAUUCGACCUAAAGCAAAGGAACUUGUCAAUUUCUUCCAUAACUUCACCAUUUCUGUUGAAGGUCUUGGAGAUGUUUGUUCUUUUGCUCAAAUGGAUAUUAAGCAACAUGGAGAUCCAAGUUGGAGUUUUGAAAAUGGAGUGAAUGCAGAUGAAACACCGAAAAUGAGUCCAAAGGUUCAAGCAAAUGACGGUAAAAUAGAACUUUCAUUAAUAAAUUUUGUCAGUAAUCAUCCGCAAUGGAAGCCUCCAGCUCUUGCUGCUCGAUUUCUGGAUGAUAUACGAAAUCGUAUGGAGCAUGAUAUGAAUACAUUGAGAAAUGGUAAUGUCGAUAAUAACAUGUUGUUAGAAAGCAUACAUUCAGUUCAUCCUUUUAUUCAUAUGGAGCAGCAACGUUGGAGAAAGCUAAGAAGUUAUCAGCCUUUUAUUGCAUCAUUGUAUGAUUCUGAUUUCUUAGGUACACCAUCUCGCUUAUUUUUUCACGUAUUCUUUCCAGAAAACGGCGAAAUAAUUGAUAUGGAUAUUACACCACAGAUGGUUGCUUUGAGUAUUGCUUAUCUGCGUAAUUUACAUGCUCAUUGUGAAAGCCAUAAUCUUGAAGCAGCAUCUCCUCAGAUAACUUUUGCGCGUUCGCAUUCAUCACAGAUCUCUCCAUUUGUUGCAACAACGGCAGCAGCUAGUUCUAAAAUCCUUGGUUUGGAAAACAUAACGAUGGAAGCAGUUGGUGAUAUUUGGGACGUGCCAUCUCAAAGCGUCAUUACAAAGUGUCCAGUUUCGUUUGCUACCCAAGCUGGUAAUGAACCUUUACUAAAAGAUCAUAUUGAUGAUCCUCUACUUCCUGGAUUAUCGGACAAUAUUUUAGAUGUUUGA